CAGCCUUAAAGUGACGUAACGGUGAUAAUGUAGUUAAACAUCCGUAGUAUCGUAGUCACGAAGAGAAAAAAAUAAUGGAUAGGAGAUGUCUGUUGUUCGAAGGUUGUAGUACAUAAAAUGUAAAUGUCAAUGAAAAAGAUACGCUUUUUCAAUUAGUACUGCAAGUCAUGCUGUUAAACAUUUAUGUUCGACGAAGUAAACCUAAGAAGACACAAGCUGUUUUUCAUCUAAAUCAUUAGCGCAAAAGUCCACACAUGGAGCCGAUAUGUAUGAUUAUUUAUUUCAAGAAGAAAAUUUGGUUUAAGUGUUGUAUUUACGAAGACUGUUUAUGUGGUUUGUCAGGGAAACUCGAUGAAGUUGUAAAUAAACACCACGACGGUAUCACUGAUACAUUAUGGGAUGGAACCUCGACAUGUGCAUUUAAAAUAAAGUCAUUACAUGUAAAUAGUUUUGGUGAAGAUAUUCAGACUUGUAAUGUUAGCGAUGAAAAGAUCCAAAGACUCAAUACCAUUAAGUUGAAACUGGAUGGCUACGUUUUAUCGGCACUGACAGUUUCAUUAAUCUACUCAAAAAUUUAUAGAAAGAAAUUCACAGAGAAGUGCGGUCUAUACUUAGAGGAUAGACUGAAGCAAUCCCAUAUGAAGAGUCCACUAUGCGUUAUAGUGAACCUCAUACCAGCGAAGCGAGAGUUACUUGAUUACCGGUGGAAUGACAGAAUGAUCACACUUGCGACAGAGAGGAGGGAACUUGAGAAUGCAAUGUAUUGGUUAUCAACAUUAGGCGGUGCCUUCUCAGCCUUGGGUGAUGAGUUUCAGCACUGUGCUGUGAUGGCUGGCCGAAUAUCUGUUGGCCAGUUGUGGCUUGCACUUCGCCUGGGUGAUGCUUUGACUGUGGCCCGCUGUAAGUUGUUUUUGGCGCUCAGUUUGAUGCAACAGGGCAGACUGAGAGCUGCUCGUCAGCUUGUGCUGCAGCAAUACAUUGUUGCCAAGUCUGUGAAAGAAGUGGAUCCGCGACUGAGCAGAAUGUGCCAAGGGGUGUGGGCAAAGCUUCGGUAUGCAUACCAGCAGAGGCACAACAGAAGAAAAUCCAAAUCCCGACAAGCUUAAAUGAAUAGCAAUUAACGAAUUUAUUCACACAUCAGAAUUAUGAAACAGUGUUAGGAUGCAAAUUGUUACUUGCGUCAUACAAAGGAAGAUUUUACUACAUGCAAGUGUUUGUAUUAAUUUCAUUCCACAUGUCACUAAUUUUUUUAUGACGGAACUGUGAAACAAACAACAAAAUACAGAAGCUGUAGCUUCGUACCGAUAAGAGUAAAAACAAUUUUGCUGGCCUUCACAGUACUAUGGUUGUGUUUUGUAACUGCAGGAUAAAAAAAAAUUGCACAGUAAACAUAAUGGUUUUACAUAUAACUUGUUGGUAUUUUAUAUUCUUACAUAGUUUCCUGAAAACCAAACUGAUCCUAAAUGGCAAACAUAGCCAAUAAACCAUGUAAGUAGAAUGUAAUCUUGCUCAUCAUCAGAAUUUAGUACCAUGUGUACUGAUUUCAUGCUGUAAAUGAAAGGAUACUUCAAAGAAAAAUUCCACCAAGAGUUAUUUAUUUUGGCAUUGAAUGUCCAUUUACCUUGGAUACACCACAGCGACUAAAUUUAUUACACUAUGUAAAUCAGCAAAAAACUGGAAAAGGGAACCUGAUAAGACUUUUUACUGUGUAUUGUUUGGAACACACAAUUUAAAAAGUGUAAUGAUAAGUAUAGAAUUUUCCAUUGACAUGUAAAGGUAAGAUUUAUUUAGAACAAUAUAACGACACACAAUUGUGAAAUGUGCAUGGUACUGUUCCUCACGAAAAGUAAAUAAUAAUAAAACCUGCUGUAUGGUAAUUAUAUAAUAGGAAACACGGCAUAAGAAAUCUUGCACUGUUAGACACUCUAGAAUGCAAUAAUAGAAGAUCUGAAGGGAUCAGUGGAGGAAAGUGCUAAUCCACAACAGCAUAUUUUCGGUUGCUGCAUUUUACAUGUAUGGUUUAAUUCAAAGAAAAGGAUGUAAAUACAGUAAGACAAAACAAAUUAACAAGUGGACAGCUCUUUCUAGCUGUAAAUAUGGAAAAACUUGUUACGAGCAUGUGGCACAUUCAAAAACAUUGCAUAGUGUGACCAGACUAAUCCUAAUGAAAUUGGGGGGUUAGCACUUUCUUUCAUCUAUCCAUAUACACGUUUAUAUGACACCGCCUUAGGGUCUUUGCUUCAAUGAUUUCACUGUUAUUUUUUCUGGGAUACACAAUUGUAUGCCUUUUACAUGUCUGAACAAGUUUGUUUAUUUAACCUUCACAUUAUUUUCUUUUUCUGUACAUUUUUAUUGUUUGAACAAUUAAGUAUAUCAAUGAAGAAAAUUGCUUCAACACAUCCAUCUGUGAGCAAUAUCUGUGAUAAUUUCAGAACAUAACUAUAAAUAUGAAUCAAAACUUACUGUACAUAUAAAGGAUAAUAUAAAAUGGUAUUUUACCUCAGGUUAUAGCUAUAUAAUUGCUAGUACAGAACAUA